GAAUGAUAUGUUUAUGACUCAUUUAUUAAACGGACGGAUUAGAAUUUAUAUAAUAGUGAUAUGUUAAUAAAUUGAUCAAUCCAAAUCCAGACUCAUUUAAUUCCGACCCAUUUAUAAUCUCUCCAAACCCGACCGUGAACUCGUUUUGCCAGCCCGACUUGCUUUGUUCUUACACUACUCUUUUGUUUCAAGCUCGAGUAGCUCAAUGCCUCAAUCUCCCCUUCGGCCGAUGGUCGUUUUUUCUCUCUCUCUCUCUCACCGACGACCUCCUUCGAGUCCUGAUCUUGCACUUCGAGCUCACAUCUAGGGUUCUGCAACUUAUGAGCUCCUCUGCCGUGCCUCUACGGCAAGACGACUUGCCGUAGUCUCUUCUCGCCUGCUAUUUUCUCUCCAACAGGGCGACUAGAUCGCCAUCAAGAGCCUCCCGCUCCGAUCUGCUCCGUCGAUCUCAAAUCUGGGGCGCCGAAAGCUCGGACCCUCUCCGGUGAGCUCUUCCGUCUAGACGACUUGUCCAUCAUCUCUCCUUGGCUGUUCCUCUCUUUUCUACGAGACGCCUAGGCCGAGUUUGAGAGUCUCUCUCCCUCGUAUCGAAGUUUACUCAUCAGAUCUGUUCCCUCUCUCCUUAGUUUCAGCGCACUACUGCGACUGCCACUUACCUCCCAAACCAAAUCCGUCACUCAAUCCUUCCCCUCACUGUUUCGUGCAAGCUUAAUCCAUCGGGAUGGAGGUCUCCAAAUCCUUUUAGCCACUGGAUUGGUAUUGCCUUGCUAAAUGAGAUCCUGGGCAUUUUAGAGGACAGCCUAAAACAGAGUCACAAACUGUUCUGGAUGUUGCCCAACCAGAUCAAACCGGUCUAUCAAAAUUUUUUUCCAUUCUACAGCUGAGAGAGAGACUCGAUUGGCUGUCCCUCAACUCUGAUUCCCCACGAGGAAAACCAAGCUAAUCUCGCAAGCUGACAUUGGAACAGUUGGUGAAUCAUAGCCUCCUGACCACCGUUACAGAUUGGACAAUUUGUAUCCCCGAUAGAAAAUCUUCUAUUGAUGUUCAUCUUUAUGAGCAGAAUUUCAGAAAUUCCUCCCCAGAAGGGCGUCUUCAACGUGUCAUGAAUCUUAGGUUUAUUUCCAAGGAAAUCUGUGCAAAGAAUGAUCAAUGAAUCAUUUUCCCUGAUAAACCUUCAAAACAUAAAAAUUAUAAACUUAGGCUUUGAACACCACCCUAUUUUCAAGAACAGCUGAUUUCCAUUUUUGUUUUCAAGGUCAGAGCUUGCAAAGUCUACGUGCUUUUCAGUUUAUGCACUCAUCUUUCUUACACCUGGAAUUUUUUCGAAAACAGAAGUAACCUUUGUGUUUAAUUUUCAAUACGUGGCUAACACUAUCAUGCACUAGAAUUUAUUUUAUUUAUUUAUCCUUUUUGUAUCUUCAAUUGAUAGAUACUUGUGCUCUGCCAAUGCAACAUAUAUGCCCAAAAAUCCCUACACAAAGUCGGUAUCAAGCCCAGAUAAAAUAGGAGGGUCCUUUGAUACCAGUCCUUACCAAAUGUUCCCCUGAAUGAACGAGAAAAAGGAUUUAUAUACCUGACUGCACAUAGUAAGACCUAAGGCUGGUUGUUGUUUUCUUUUUUGUUCUGUAACAAUCAAGUGUCAUCUCAUUAAUGUGUACAUUUUUUUUCCCAUCUUAUAAAUUGUUUAAAAAUGAGCUCAUGCAAACGCGUCCAGAUUCUAUUACUUUUGUAGUUUACUAAAUAAAGGCUUGAAAAUUGUUUUCACUUUCCCUUAUUUUUGAAUUGCGGGUGUCGGAUGAGGGUAUAUUUCUUAUUCCCAAUUUGUAUAAUUUAUUAGAAUUCUAAUUAUGUAUAUUGAAUUUUAAAACAUUAUCAAAAACACUUGGUCCACUAAUGAAAGAAUAUGAUAAAGGAUAAUCAAUAAUAUUUUAAACGAGCAGUUAUGAAUGAGCAUUUAUAAUGCAACCAUUUAAAACUUGAGAAGUUAUUCAAAAAUUGUUUCCUGGUUAAUUAUGUCUGCUGCAUUCAUAUUUUUCCGGCUGAUAAUGCGUUGUUUUCUAUCAUAGUUUUAAUGGAAUAUAUACUUUGGCUUUAUCAUGGGCAUAUUUCUUUCAUAAAAGUUUGCGUCUUUCAAUUUGUUUUCAAUGACUCACUAAUGUUUGUCAUAUAUUCUGCUAUUCGUGGCUAUAAGUAAUCGCAAUACUAAAAUUCAAGCAGUUGGGAAAUUGGAAUUGAGGUAGACAAUUGAGAAAAAAAAAAAUUGUAAUGGACUAAAAUUGAUAACCUACUUGCGCAGUUUCCAACUAGUAUAAACUUUCCUACCCAAAAAAAAAAUCAUAACAAUUGGUUAAAAAUUAAUAGAGAAUUUUUUUCUUGUAGAUGCAAUCAAACCAUUUCUAAAUUCUGAUCAGAUCCACAAGACUUGAGACUGUAGACUCUCAGAUCUGCUCGGCGAUGACCCUUAGCUAGCAGAUUCUUUAAAAAAAAAAAAAAAAAAAUUAUGGAACACUCGAACAAGAUCAGAAGAAGGUGCUUCUUGAAGAAUUCGAUUGCCCUAAUGUUGGCGGUCGUCUCCUUCUCUUGCUUGUUGAUUGUGAUUAUAUCAACUCUCAGGCUACCAGAUGCAUCCUCGGAACGCAGAUCUCACAGGACUUUUAGAAUUAGGGAUGUAGCUUCGAAGGGCGAGUUAGGAUUGGGAAAGUUCGGAGAAAUGAUGCUUGAGAUGUUGCCCGACGAUCUCGCCUUCACGGUUUUCGUGCCUUCGGAGAGAGCCUUCGAGCGGGAUCUGAGGCUACGGAUCAAUCAAAGCUUGGUGGCGGAGAAAUGGAACGAUACGUACGCAGUCCUAAGCCGCAUAUUAGGGUUCUCAGCCGUUCCUCGGGCAAUUUCAUCUGCUUCGGUGCCAUUGGGAAAGGAGAUUUCUUAUGAUUCGUUGUCUGGAUUUAGCUUAUGCAUUUGGAAGGACAGGGAUGGAGCGGUGGUAGCGAACAGAGUUCGAUCGGAACGGGUGGAUUUGAAGAAGAGAGAGAUUGUUGUUCAUGUUAUAGAUGGGGUGAUUAUGGAUGCUGAGUUCGAGGAAUCGGUUCGGCCAGAUGAUGAGGAAGAUCAGUAGAAGCUUACAGAAUACAGAUUUCAUUAAAGACUUAAUUAGGAAGAACAGGAUUGUGAUCUGCGAGCUUCUUACAAUAUGUUGAAGUGUUGUCAUUUAGGUAAACGAUUCUUUAAAUUUGGAUAUGAAAUCUUGUAGGUCCAAAUGAACGAGUUUAAGCUUUUGUUUGUUUUAAACUGAAAAA